AUGUUGAAGCGGACAUGGCGGCCCGGGUGUCUGGAGUUUUCACGUGAGUGUUUUCGAACACGCGUUCGACUUUCUCCUCUUUCCACCUGGCACCACAGCGACCAGUACUAUUUCCUAGAGAUGGCUGCCGUCCAAAAUCUCGUCAUCUCGCUAACCGCUAUGCAAGUCGCCCGUCGGAUUCCUUUUGACGACCCGGACACGCUGAACCUGGUUCGUGCGGGCUACGUGGUCGUGCAGAUCAUCAUCCUCGGCGCCUACUACUACGUCUCCUCGACCAUAAAGAGAAAGAACGACCAGACGGUGCUCAAAUAUGUGGAACCACCAGCACCCAUGACACAGGAACCUGGCAAACUCGUCACGACCACUGUCCGCGACUACGACCUCUCCGAGACGUCUAAGCUCCUCCGCUCAACAUACACCGGCAUCGCGAUGAUGCUCGUCAUGCACCUCUACUUCAAGUUCACCCAACCUCUCUUUAUCCAGUCGCUAAUGGGCAUCAAGGGCCUCUACUACGCGAAGCUCGUAUCGAUACACAUCCUCGGGAAGCCGGCUACUGGAGAUUUACAGCGUCCGUUCAAGGCAGGAGGGGGCAUGUUUGGGAUGGCUGCAUCUGAACCCCAAACGGACGCCGCGGCGAUUGCAGAGGUGGAGAAGCGUGCUGGGAAGAAGGACGAGUAG